UAGAUUCUUGCUCUGGCAAUCAAAUCUGAGUGGUCAAAAACCCCACAUUUAAGAUGAAAUCUCCGAUUAGUUAAUUUAUAUACAACCAUCAUUUAUUCAGGGACUAGCUACAUGGAAAAAGCUGCAAGCUACGAAGUAAAAGUAUGUCGCGUGACGUGUCCCCUCCGUCUGUUUUGGAGGUUGUCAGUUUCAUAGGCAAAGGAGUUGGCGCAGGCGCGGCACUGACAGCCGCUCUCUACCUGCUCCGCAGAGUGUGUUUAAUAAUGGCCUGGAAAUCUGGAGGAGCUAACCACGCAGAGCUUGUAAACAACCUACGCAAAAAUGGGAUCAUCAAGUCGGACAAGGUCUAUGAAGUCAUGUUGGCCACAGACCGAGGCCAUUUCUCCAGAUGCAACCCUUACAUGGACUCCCCACAGGCAAUAGGCUAUCAAGCAACCAUCAGUGCACCACACAUGCAUGCCUAUGCCUUGGAGCUUCUGUACGAUCAGCUGUAUGACGGGGCCAAAGCUCUGGAUGUGGGGUCUGGCAGCGGAAUCCUUUCUGCGUGCUUUGCCCGAAUGGUAGGUCCCAAAGGGAAGGUGAUAGGAAUUGACCAUAUCAAGGAACUGGUAGAUGAUUCUAUAACCAAUGUAAAGAAGGAUGACCCCGGCUUGAUAACAUCAGGUAGAAUAAAACUAAUCGUGGGAGACGGGCGGAUGGGCCAUCCAGAGGAGGCGCCUUACGAUGCCAUCCACGUGGGCGCGGCAGCACCCAACGUGCCACAAGCACUCCUUGAUCAGCUGAAGCCAGGCGGCAGGCUGAUUCUGCCCGUGGGGCCGGCCGGAGGGAACCAGAUGCUGGAGCAGUACGACAAGCUGGAGGACGGCAGCACCAAGAUGAAGCCCCUGAUGGGGGUGAUUUAUGUGCCUUUAACAGACAAAGAGAAGCAGUGGUCCAGGUGGAAGUGACUUCCUAUUCCUUCUCUCCUUCACACAGUGGGCAAAGGGAUGAACUUUGAGGCGACAAACUGUCCAUAUACCACAUUUUCAAUGUGAGCCUGGAGGAGACUACUUUGGGUUCCAACAACAGCCAUUGGAAUUCUUUCAAAACAUUUUCUUUAUCAUGCUGAGGAAUAACCCCUGAGGUUGGGAAAAAGACUGUUAGAGAUUGAACAGAAGAAAGUGUCAGGGUUAGUCUUUUUUUCAGGCCUGCAUCUUUUUGGCGGGGGUUGUGAUUUUUUUCCUUUUGAAUAGCUGCAGGAUUUUGAGUUUAAAAUUAUUAUUUUUCUACAUUUUGGUUACAUCUGUGAGUUGCAAUCAACCAUUUCAACAAUAAUGCAUUUCAGCUCCAUCAAAGCUGAGUGUGAAGAGGGUGCCAGACUGUUCUGAUAAGGAAAGCCUCCCACAGUAUUUAAACAGGCACACGCAGGUUGCACAAAUGACUACUCUAUCCCACAUCCAGUUGUUUGACAUGCAGCACAUGGCAUUAAAGAAAGGACUAUUACACCUAGAUUUACUCGUACAGUUGGAUACAAGGCAAAAGCCAAACCACAACACUCUACAACAAGAGUGGAGUACAUCCACAUGGUUUCAAUGACAACAUUGUGUGCAGGCUUUACUGAUGACCGACACUAAAUGAAAUAGCCGGUGCUUUGCCAAAAUAAGCCUAAAUGCAAAGAAAAUGAAUGUCUGUAGUUUUUUUUUUUUUUAAACAUGGAAUUAAAAAACACUUAUUUUGGAUGGUCCAUGGCUUUCACAAUUUCUGGAAUGGCAAAAAUGAAAAUAAAGAGAUGCUUAUGUUUUUGUCCCA